AUGGAUGAAGACAUGGAUUUCGACACCGGAUCUACCAGUUACCCCCAGCCCGACGCGUACGGCCCUCAGCAGGCGGACAGCAACGGUGCGCCACCGGAGGAUGGGCGGAAAAUGCUCGAUCUCGUCUUCGUGCAAGACUGCACGGGGAGUCAGGGCAGCUACAUAUCCUCCGCCACAAGGAAUAUUGAAGAGAUCUGCAAUCAUAUCUACGAGUCUGGCAAGCUGCAGUCCCGGGAAGAUCUACGCAUUGGGCUCGUCGCGUACAGAGACCAUCCACCGCAAGACCACACCUAUGUCACCAAGAACUUCGGCUUCUCCUCAGACAUCUCGCAGGUUCACAGCCACCUCUCGAGCUUAUACGCUUCGGGCGGCGGCGAUGGACCGGAGGCAGUAACCGCCGCACUCUGGGAAGGACUGAACAUGGAGUGGAGACCUUACGCGAGCAAGAUGAUUGUGCUGAUCGCGGAUGCACCUCCGCACGGGAUUGGAGAGUACGGCGAUGGCUUUGACGAUGGCUCUCCGGAUGGAAAUGAUCCACUGCAGAUUGCGCGGCAGAUGGCUAGUCGCGGCAUCACACUGUUCUUCGUGGCGUGCGAGCCUGCAUUGAGUGGCUACGCAUACGCGACAGACUUCUACCAAGCCCUGGUGAACAUCACCUCAGGCCUCAUGCUGCCUCUCACCACGGCAGACCUGCUCACACAUGCCAUUGUGGGCAGUGUGCUGGAAAACCUCGACAUGGAGCGGCUUGUCCGUGAGGUCGGAGAAGCCGUCUCGCAAAGGAUCCUCGGUAACAACGAGAGCGUCGAUGACGUCGCGCGGGAGCUUCAUGAACGUCUUCUGCUCCGUAACGAGAGCACCAAGAGAGUGGUCAUCGAGAGCAUCUACCGCGAAUCCGAGGAGGCGAAGCACAACGUCAGCGUGUACAUGAACUCGACUUCCCUCACGGAGGCACGCCCACACCUCAAGAGGGUCCCUGGGACACGGUUCACUGACAAAUACCUCCAUGCGAGGAUGACCUCACAGCGCUCAUACGCCUACUCUCCCUACGCUCCCCGUUCCGGCAGUACGUCGACGGGUGUUGCUCCCGCCAGUCCGACCAAGUCGCCCAAAUUGUCGAGCUCUCCGCCGCGCAAGGUCGUCACCGACUUCGCCGCCUUCGGUGCGCCCAAGAACGCGAGUGUCUUCGGCACUGCGGUGGCGUCGACGCCGUUCUCACUUGCGGGCGGGAAGGCGGCCUUUGGCGGCAUCCGUGGUGCCCCACGGAGCACGACGUUCGAUGAUGACGAUGACGAGGAGGAGAACGAUGGUAGGCAGAAGGUCGAGCUGCGGGAGGACUCGAUCACGCUCGAUCAGGCUAGACGCAUUGCUAUGCAAAGCGCAUGGAGGAGCAUCCGUUCUUGA